AUGAGACUCCAUAGCGACUCAGCAGUUCGAGGGCCAGAGCAAUACAUACAAGAUGGAAAGACGAGGGUAGCUUCAGACGGCCAAAUAUAUUUCAAAUCAUACGAUAAUGGACAGUUGAUACCGUUGGAUAACCUUGAUGGAUCCGUCACAUUCAUGCCCCCGACUUUCGAGAAAUUUCAAGAAGAAGUGCAUUUUGAACCUCCAGAAUCUGGUGAAUCUACAUUUAUACUCUCCAAUUCGCCUACUAAGUCACUUGCCGCGAGUUUGAGCUCGAAUCCUAUAGGUCUGAUAAUUGGCGAAUAUAACCUGAGUAAGACCUCCGUAAACUUACCAAAGAAUGAGUGUCCCGAAGCCUUAGAGAGGCCAUAUGAAUCAAAUUUUACCAAAGUGCAAACGCUACAUGAGGCAGAUCAAAAGAUAGAUAUAUCAGGCAAUGAAUGGAGCACCAAAUGUAGACCGAAAUCACAUUUGAGGAACGAAUCAGGUUCGUCCACAAUUUCAAAUUCUUCUCUUUCUUCGGCAUCUAAUAAUGUUAACGGGAACCACAGCAAAGAUAAAAGGUUUGUCAGGUAUGCUAUGAACACGCAAACCAUUGAUUCCAAACCAAACAAUAAAUGGUGUAUUUCGAAUGUACUAAUGUGGCUUGAUGCCCAUAACUUUAAUGAAUCAUGGAAAGAAACUUUUAAGAGAAAUGAAAUAUCAGGGAAUCGAUUCUUAGAACUAAGUAAUUAUGAUAGUGAUUCAAUAGUAUGGAAGCAGUUUGGAAGAUUUCUAGUGACUGAUAAUGACAUGAAUUCCGUUGAAAGAUUUUUAUUUCUUAUUAAAAAAGAGAAUACUGAAGGCAAUUCUAGGAAUUCUGUAAAUAAUCAGAAUUUCAACCAUGAACCAAAUCUAUUCACAACAAAUGUUUUGAAGUCAGAAAACAGAAAAUCAACACCUAUAUUUAGCAAGCAUAAGACGUCCUCGUCAAAUGCAUCUUCUAGCUCAUCAGGCUCAUUAAGUGUUGUCCAGAAUAAUAAACAACAGCAACAGCAUCAACGUCCAAUUUCUUAUACUGAUAUGUCAGGAUCCAAGGCUGUCACAAAAGAUAAUAAUGUGUCACACAAAAUAUUCAGGAAACAUGAUCGCUCGUCAUCUGAAACAUUUACGGUGAAAGAUUUCAUGCCGUCUCCGAACUCAACUCCAAUAAUUAACAAUAAUGGUUUGCCUCGCCAGAAAGGUAUACCUUACAGCUCAUAUGAAGAAUCUAUUGCAGAUUCAAAGCGUAAAAGUAAUCCUCAAAGCACCAAAUACCUGAAUCAGCAGAAUGCAGCACCAUUGAAGUACGAGCAUAGAAAAAGUGGUCUAUUCAGCAACUUGAUUAAAUAUGGUGGCGAUAAGGCAGCUGGUAUUGUCAAACAAAUACAUACUUCGUCAUCCACUAACCCUCCUAGAAAGAGUUCUGGAAGAAUUUCGACCGCUUCCUCUUGGAGCGAGCCUUAUCGAGAUCGGCAAAGUAUGAGUCAAGAUGGUAAGUCUUCGAGUGAAGAGGUUGGAGUUCCUUAUAAGACCAAUAUUAAUUCUAUUGCAACUGGAAUAAUUUCAAAAGAGCUUCAGUCUUCUAUCUCUUUGAGGUCAACAUCUUCUGGGACUCUGUUUGAUGACGAGAAAUUAUCUCCAAAUUCCCUGAUACCUGCUCGAAGAUUGGAUUCAUCUUCUGAGAUCGCUUUGAACGCUCUCAAUAGCAUAAGCGAUGAUAUAAUUGAUCAAAAAUAUGUUCCAAAAAGAAAUGCCAUGAAUGUUGACUCUACAUUGAUCCUUGCAAGUCGGGAUAGUAAACAGUUUGUUCUGAUUUCAAUUUUAGAACAACGCCUUCAUGACAUUGACUUCAUUAAAUCAAGAAUUAUUCAGGAACUUGAUUUAGUCCAAGUAGGGUCAUUUUCUUUUCAUUUGACUGAUUUUAAUGGAGCUGAGGGAGAAGCUUUGCCUGAUGAUUUGUUUCACAAGAUUUUAAAACAUUCCAAAAUUAUCACAAUUUUGGUUCGUCAGGAGCUCUCUUCACCAGCUGGUACAACUAUGUCCACAGCUUCAUCAGACUCAAAAUCUUUUGAGUUAAGAGGUGAUAACAACGAGGAAAAGGCAUAUCCUGCCACUCCACAGUAUCUUUUGCAAGUCUCAAAUGAUAGCAAUGUAGAUUACUGGAAUUUCAAAGAUAACAGCCAGCCAGAACGUUUAUCUAAAAUAAAUGAAGACAUUCCGAUAAAAAGUCUUGUUAAAGGACCGCAAAGAAAACCUCCUGCAGACUUAGUGAUGAAUGAAUUACCUAAUUAUAGUGAAGGAGAACACACACCCUUAAACUUAUCAUUUCCAUCUAAUAAGAAAGGAAAAAAAGAUGCCAAAAAGUAUGAUGAAGCUAAGGUAUGGGAUUCGAAAGUUGGUGCGACUCAUCCUGACCAUACUAAUUGUUCUUUGCCUAAAAAGGGAAAUGGUUUGGAUGGUAUUGUAAAAAAGGCUCUGCUAAGUUCAAGACCACGCUCACCAUCUUCAACGCCUUUGAAUAAUAUUCUGAAAUCUUCAUCGUUAAAAAGCGCGAUCAAUUCACAUGGUGGUAAUGACAAAGAGAGAGUACUAAGUAUUGUCGCAAAGAGGGCAGCGCCUCCACCUCCGUUGAACAAAAAGCCAAGUUUAAAAGCAGAUGUCGCAAGGAGAAGAUCAAGCUCAAAAAGCGCAUGUCUGCAGCACCAAGUGAAUCCAAGUGACCUAAAUUUACGUAGAAGAAGAAAUUCGAGUUCUACUUCGAGGCCAAUUACAAAUGAUAGUCCUGAUGCUUUCAAAGAAAAUGAAAUCACAUUCGAUGAACGAUUUGAUGAUUCAAGUUAUGAUUCAAAUGUGAAUGAGUCUGAUGAUGAUUUUUUUGUGAAACCUUUAGAGAUGAAGAAGGAUGAUGACAACGAAUUAAAAGGUGACUUCUAUUCAAAUUCAGACGAAAGCGACUUUUUUGUUAAACCUCUUAGGGCUGAAAAUGUCAAAAAAUCGACGAAGGCAUUACCUAGACCGAUUAAUAAAAUGCAAGUUAGACCGCCAGUUGAAGAGGUUUACAACAAUCUUGAAAAAUAUUUUCCAAAUACUAAUCUAGACAAGCCUAUAAUUGACGACUCUCCAAUGUCACCUAUUGUGGGAUCGAAUACAACACCAAUUGAGCUAAGUAAAAGUUUUACAAGGAAGCCUUCUAUAGCGAGAACAUUUUCAAAUGCUAAUAUUUCACCCAUAAACCCUAGAGCAGACUCUGGAGACGAGAUAUUAUAUGGAGAAAAUAAUGGACCGAAAUUGAGUCGCCGUAGAAUGAAAACGAUUAGAGUUGUUGCAAACGAAGCUCGACAAAAGCGUUUAGAGAGAAAGAGGAGGACUGAGUCAAACUCAGUUACCCCUGGAUCCUCACUUAGUAAUAGUGGUAAUGCUUCAGGUAUGGUAAGAGCUAAUACCAAAAUGUGGGGCCAAAGGGUUGUAGAAGUAACUUCGACAGAGAUAGAAAAAGGUUUUGUUAGUAAGUUGAGAAAUAAAAAUAGGGAUUUUGAAGAGUUUGCAUGGAUUAAAGGUGAAUUAAUUGGAAGAGGGUCAUUCGGUGCGGUUUACUUAGGAUUGAAUGUAACGACGGGGGAAAUGUUGGCUGUCAAACAAGUUGUGGUAGACCAAAAUUUUGAACACCAGACUGAGGGAAUUGAUGCUUUACACAAGGAAGUUGAGACAAUGAAAGACUUAGAUCAUGUUAACAUAGUGCAAUAUUUAGGGUUCGAACAGAAGUGCAGCACUUAUAGUUUAUUCUUAGAAUAUGUGGCUGGUGGAUCAAUUGCCUCAUUGAUGAAGUCAUUUGGUAAGUUCGAAGAACCACUAAUUAAGUUUAUUACAAGACAGGUAUUAUCAGGAUUAGAGUAUUUACAUUCUAACGGAAUUUUGCACAGGGAUCUUAAAGCUGAUAACCUUUUACUCGAAGUGGAUGGUACUUGCAAGAUCUCAGAUUUUGGAAUAUCUAAAAAAUCACAAGAUAUUUAUGCCAAUAAUGCAGAAAUGUCAAUGCAAGGCACUGUGUUCUGGAUGGCACCUGAAGUAAUUGAUAGCAUUGUUGAAGACAAAAAACAAGGGUAUAGUGCAAAGAUAGAUAUCUGGUCUCUUGGAUGUGUUGUGUUGGAAAUGUUUGCUGGUAAACGUCCUUGGUCAAAUGAAGCGGUUGUCAGUGCAAUAUACAAAAUUGGUAAGACAAAAUUAGCUCCUCCAAUUCCUGAAGAUAUAGACCAUUUGAUUAGUGAUGAUGCGAAAGACUUCAUCAAAAAAUGCUUCACAAUCAAUCCUCAAGAACGGCCAACAGCCAAACAAUUACUUGACCACCCAUUCAUGACGGUCGAUCCUACGUUUGUGUUCGAGGAGUCUAGGUUAUCUCAAACUACCAAAGGCAACUCAAGAAAGAGUAUGACACUAGAUUAA